AUGUUAUCGAGACUAUCUUUAUUGAGUUACUCGAGGGCAUUCCAACAAGCCAAAUGGCGUAUUUACCGCUUAAAAUUUUCGCCAACCGUGUAUACUUCACAGUACCAUAUUCUUUCUGGUAAGAAACUUGCCCAAUCUAUUCGCGAAAAGGCUAAUGAUGAGAUACAAGCCAUUAAACUCAAGCAUCCCAAUUUCAAACCCACGUUGAAAAUUAUUCAGGUCGGGGCCAGACCUGAUUCCUCCACAUACGUGAGGAUGAAAUUGAAAGCUUCGAAGGACAGUAGUGUAGACUGCAUCAUAGAAAAGUUACCAGCAGAAAUCACCGAAGUUGAGCUUUUAAAGAAAAUUAGUGACAUAAACGAUGAUGACUCUAUCCAUGGGUUGCUAAUUCAACUACCUCUACCGCGUCACUUGGAUGAAACCACGAUUACAAACGCCGUGGACUAUAAAAAGGACGUUGAUGGGUUCCACAGAUAUAAUGCUGGUGAAUUGGCUAAAAAAGGCGGCAAACCAUACUUCGUACCAUGUACCCCUUAUGGUUGUAUGAAAUUACUUGACGAAGCUCAUGUCAAGUUAGAUGGCAAGAACGCUGUCGUGUUAGGCAGAUCUAGUAUCGUCGGAAAUCCAAUUGCUUCGUUGUUGAAAAAUGCGAAUGCGACUGUUACUAUCUGUCACAGUCAUACAAAGAAUAUUGCAGAAGUGGUCUCCCAAGCUGAUAUAGUUAUCGCAGCUUGCGGUAUUCCUCAAUAUGUUAAAGCAGACUGGAUCAAAGAAGGAGCCGUAGUUAUUGAUGUUGGGAUCAACUAUAUUCCCGAUAGUAGUAAGAAAAGUGGGCAAAGAUUAGUUGGUGAUGUCGAAUUUGAUUCUGUAAAGGAAAAGACAUCUUAUAUCACCCCUGUUCCUGGUGGAGUGGGUCCAAUGACUGUCGCUAUGCUUGUUUCCAAUGUAUUAUUAGCUGCCAAGAGGCAAUUUAUGGAAUCCGAAAAGCUUCCAGUUAUCAAACCUCUUCCACUACACUUAAAAACACCAGUUCCUUCAGACAUUGAUAUAUCACGAGCUCAGAGCCCUAAGCAUAUCAAGCAAGUCGCUGAGGAAUUGGGAAUCCACUCCCACGAAUUAGAAUUAUACGGCCACUAUAAGGCAAAGAUUUCUCCAAAGAUUCUCACAAGAUUAGAAUCUCGAGAAAACGGUAAAUACGUCCUUGUUGCAGGUAUUACUCCAACCCCAUUGGGUGAAGGUAAAUCCACUACGACGAUGGGGUUAGUGCAGGCUUUAUCCGCUCAUUUAGGAAAACCAUCCAUUGCGAACGUUAGACAACCAUCUCUGGGCCCAACCUUGGGUGUCAAAGGUGGCGCUGCUGGUGGUGGUUACGCCCAAGUUAUUCCCAUGGACGAAUUCAAUCUACAUCUGACCGGUGAUAUCCAUGCUAUAGGCGCUGCGAACAAUCUUCUUGCGGCUGCUAUUGACACUAGAAUGUUUCAUGAAGCCACUCAGAAGAAUGAUAGUACAUUUUAUAAGAGACUAGUCCCAAGAAAAAAUGGCCUCAGAAAGUUUACCCCAUCCAUGCAGAGGAGGCUUAGAAGAUUGGGUAUUGACAAAGAAGACCCUGAUACUUUGACACCGGAAGAAAUUAAAAAAUUCGCUAGGUUGAACAUAAAUCCUGAUACCAUAACUAUCAGAAGAGUAGUCGACAUCAAUGACAGGAUGUUAAGACAAAUUACCAUCGGAGAAGCCGCUACGGAGAAAGGGUUCACAAGAACUACUGGAUUCGACAUCACUGUUGCCUCUGAAUUAAUGGCUAUUCUAGCCUUAUCCAAAAGCUUGCACGAGAUGAAGGGCCGUAUUGGACGCAUGGUUAUUGGCUCUGAUUAUGAUAACAAACCAGUAACUGUAGAAGACAUUGGUUGUACCGGUGCUCUGGCUGCAUUAUUACGUGAUGCUAUAAAGCCUAACUUGAUGCAGACUUUGGAAGGGACUCCCGUCAUGGUUCAUGCUGGUCCUUUCGCCAAUAUUUCCAUUGGUGCAUCAUCAGUAAUUGCAGACUUGAUGGCGUUAAAACUUGUAGGUCCAGUGAAGAAUCCAUUAAAUGGCAAGGACGUCCAUGAACCUGGCUAUGUCGUUACCGAAGCGGGUUUUGAUUUUGCCAUGGGUGGUGAAAGAUUCUUUGAUAUCAAAUGUCGUUCCUCUGGAUUGAUACCAGAUGCAGUUGUCUUAGUCGCCACUGUAAGAGCCUUAAAAUCUCACGGAGGUGCCCCAAAUGUUAAGCCAGGACAACCACUACCAAAAGAAUACACAGAAGAAAACAUUGACUUUGUUGCCAAGGGUGUUAAUAAUUUAGUUAAACAGAUCGAGAACAUCAAAACCUUUGGAAUUCCAGUCGUUGUAGCAAUCAACAGAUUUGAAACAGAUUCACAGGCGGAAAUUGAGGUAAUCAAGAAGGCUGCCUUGAAUGCAGGUGCAUCCCACGCCGUUACUUCUAAUCACUGGAUGGAAGGUGGUAAAGGUGCCUUAGGGUUAGCACAUGCUGUGGUCGAUGCAACGAAAGAACCAAAGAGUUUCAACUUUUUGUACGACGUUAAUAACUCCAUCGAAGACAAACUUACUAGCAUCGUCCAAAAAAUGUAUGGUGGGGCAAAAAUCGAAGUAUCACCAGAAGCUCAAAAAAAGAUAGACACUUACAGGAAACAAGGCUUCGGCAAUCUUCCUAUCUGUAUUGCUAAGACACAAUAUUCUUUAUCCCAUGAUCCAUCAUUAAAGGGCGUCCCCAGUGGUUUUACGUUUCCCAUUAGGGAUGUGAGAGCUUCAAUCGGGGCAGGUUAUUUAUAUGCUUUAGCAGCAGAAAUACAAACUAUACCGGGUCUAUCAACAUAUGCUGGUUACAUGGCAGUAGAAGUUGACGAUGACGGUGAGAUUGAGGGUCUAUUUUAA